CAGAACGUCUCUCAAAGGCUGAACUCCAACACCGCAGGUGAAAAAACGACGAAAGGAACGAGAGAAAGGAGGAAAGGGAAGAUGAAAGACCGACUUCAAGAACUAAAGCAGAGAACAAAAGAAAUCGAAGUUUCUAAAGAUAGUCACCUGCCAACUAUAGAAGCAGAAGAACAAGGGACAUUUCUGCAGCAAGCUGUUAUUUAUGAAAGAGAGCCUAUAACUGAGAGACACCUACAUGAAAUCCAAAAACUACAGGAGAGUAUUAACAACUUGACAGACGAUGUUCAAAAAUUUGGACAGCAACAGAAAAGUCUGGUGGCUUCAAUGAGAAGGUUUAGUCUACUUAAGAGAGAGUCUAGCAUUACAAAGGAGAUAAAAAUGCAAGCGGAACACAUUAACAGGGGUUUGGAUGAUUUAGUUAAAGAAGUCAAGAAGUCAGAGGCUGAAAAUGGUCCAUCAUCAGUGGUCACAAGGAUACUUAAAUCUCAGCAUGCUGCAAUGUUCCGCCAUUUUCAGCAAACCAUGUUUGUAUACAAUGACACAAUAACAGCAAAGCAAGAGAAGUGCAAGACAUUUAUUUGCCGUCAGCUCGAAGUUGCUGGAAAAGAGAUGUCUGAGGAAGAAGUAAAUGAUAUGCUUCAUCAGGGAAAAUGGGAAGUUUUUAAUGAAAGCAUACUUACAGAAAUCAAUAUCACUAAAGCCCAACUUUCAGAGAUUGAACAGAGACACAAGGAACUUGUUAAUUUGGAGAACCAAAUAAAGGACUUAAGGGAUCUUUUCAUUCAGAUAUCUCUUUUAGUAGAGGAACAAGGAGAAAGUAUCAACAACAUUGAAAUGAUGGUGAACAGUACAAAAGAAUAUGUUAGCAACACUAAAGAGAAAUUUGGACUAGCUGUAAAAUACAAAAAAAGAAAUCCUUGCAGGGUAUUGUGUUGUUGGUGCUGUCCAUGCUGUAGUUCAAAAUAA